AUGUCAGAGGUUUAUAAGCCAACAUCUCACAGGAGAACGUUUUACAACUCCCAUGUCUUCUCAGGUGAAGUGUGUUCCCGAAUGACCACCACUGUGGACAGCAAGCAGUCAUCAUGGAAAGGAUCACUCCUGCUGCUGCUGGUGUUAAACCUCCUUCUCUGCAAGAAUGUGGCUGCCAGCCCUGCCUGUGCAGGUGGGGCUGCGAACUGCCGCUUGAGCCUCCAAGACCUGUUCACCCGUGCAGUCGCCCUGUCUGACAACAUCUAUAAAGUUGCUGAAGACACAUUCAGGGACUUUCAACAAACUUAUGCCACUGGCAGGGAGUUCAUUUCCAGGGCCAUCAACAGCUGCCACACUUCUUCCAUUCCUACUCCAGCAGACAAAGACCAAGCCCUAAAUACCGAGGAAUGUGUCAGUUCCUUUAAUGUGAUGUUCAAUGUGGUUGAUCAGUCUGGAACACUUCUGAAUACGGUCCAAGGCUUAUUGCGCUACUGGGAAGACCCUCUGCAGCACCUGACCACCACGGUGAGGGAUAUGAAAGAAUUCCCAGUGGAUAUGAUUAGAAGAGUCCAAGAGAUUGAGUAUAAAACCCAUCAACUUCGAGAGGGCGUGGAGAAGAUAAUCAAACAGGUUGAACCUGGAGUUGUAAAUGACGACAUCUUCUCUGCCUGGUCUGGACGUUCAUCACUGCAGGAGGGUGACAAAAACUCUCACCUUGUUGGAUUUUAUAAUCUGUUCCACUGCCUACGCAGGGAUACAAAUAAGGUUGACAAUUUUCUCAAGAUCCUGAAGUGCAAAGUUGUCCAUGAAGGCAGCUGCUAA